CAGGGGCACGGACCUGGCGUAGAGUGGCUGUAGGAUGCACGCGGCUCUGGAGCUGCUGGGGCUGCUGCCCCUGCUGCUCCUGUCCUACCUGGAGGCGCUGGCCCGGCUGCUGCUGCCUUCGCGCCCCAAAUCGGUGCAGGGCGAGACCGUGCUUGUCACGGGCGCCGGCCACGGCCUCGGCCGCGCCACGGCGCUGGAGUUCGCCCAGCGCUGCUGCUGCCUCGUUCUGUGGGACGUCAACCAGCAUGGCAUUGAGGAAACUGCUGCAGAAUGCAAAAGGCUGGGAGCCACAGUUCAUACCUUUGUGGUUGACUGCAGUAAGAGGGAGGAGAUUUACAGGGCUGCAGAGAAGGUGAAAAAGGAGAUUGGUGACAUUAGCAUCUUGGUGAAUAAUGCUGGCGUAAUUACACCUGCAGAUCUGCUUUCCACACAGGACCAUCAGAUAGAACAAACAUUUGCAGUCAACAUCCUUGCUCAUUUCUGGACAACAAAAGCAUUUCUUCCAACAAUGAUGAAGAAUAACCAUGGCCAUAUUGUUACAGUUUCUUCAGCAGCGGGUCAUAUGCCAGCUUCUUUCAUGUUGUCUUAUUGGUUGUUUGUAAUUUCUUUUAGUUCAAGCAAGUUUGCUGCAGUUGGAUUUCAUAAAGCUCUAACACAAGAACUGUCUGCAUUAGGAAAAGAUGGAAUAAAAACUACAUGCCUUUGUCCUAUUUUUAUCAACACUGGCUUUGUCAAAAAUCCAAAAAUGAGAUUAAUGCCAAUUUUGGAGCCAGACAUGGUUGCUAAAAAACUCCUAGAGGGGAUUCUGAUCAAUCAGAAAAUGAUUUUUGUUCCAUCAUCUUUGAACAUCUUUCUAUUCAUGGAAAAAAUACUUCCAGAACGUGCCUUAGCAGCUUUGAACAAGCUACAGGCAAUUCAAUUUGAUAAAGUUGUUGGAUACAGAAACAAGGAAUGACAAGUUAAUAGGUUUCCCCUCUAUAAUUGCUUGGCUGCAGUUAUACAGUGUUUUGAAUGAUUUGCAACAAAAAAGUGAUGUGGGAAGGCUUUCUAGCAGCCUUCCCACAACACUACCACCUGACAAUGGCCAGGCCUAUAUUAGGAACA